AUGGAAGGCUUGGUCUGUGCAUUCUCUGAGCUGCACAUAAGAGACGCAGUGAACUGGGCUACAGGACGCUCCAGCCACCCUGACAUACCACCUAAUAUCUACGAGGGGGGGCUGGGGGCCCAGCAGCAGCAGUGCCCCAGUGCCCAGGGAAGCAAGCCCAAGAACUUCCGGCUGCGUCACCUCCAGAGCCUGGUUCCCUACCUGCCAGGCCACAUGCAGCCUGCUGGCCAGUGUGGGAGCCACUGGCUGGGCAGGAUUAUGGCUGGGGGAAACCUGCCAUGGCCUGAAGGUGCAACCUGGCCACUGGACCUACCACAGGGGACCCUAGGUCCAGGUAACAGCCAUUGUUCAACCCUUCUGGAAGCCCAACUGCCCAGGGACAGCCUGGGAAAUACAGCUUCCAGUUCCAGCAUGGACUCAGCCAAGGGUGUCCCCUCCCAGUCUGGUCCCCCUGAGGGCUUGGGGCUCAGACCCAAGAGGUCCUGGAGGGCCCUGGAGGAGACCAUGUGUCUCUUGUGCAAGAGAAUCCGUUCUGGGGCCUUGGGAGGACAUAAGGAUCCCAAGCCAAUCCAGUUAGAACAGCCCGGACUCCACUCCAGGGAGCUUACUUGGGGUACAUGGGAAUUCAGGUACCACAUCUGGGAAGGCUUUGUAGACGAGGAGCAGCUGAACACAGUGGAUCUAGGGGGUAGGCAGGAUCUCAGCAGAUCUAAAUGCCAGGUUCAGAGUUUCAGGCCCAGGGGCAAAGAGACAAAAGAAGGUGGGUUCAGUUUAGAGAGGGCAUGGUGGCCUAGACCUCACACUGUCCCCACUGAGGGCUUGGAUGAAUUCACCACCCCGUGGGAGACUGUACCAAAGUUCUUCUCCCAUUUGGACUAG